UACAAUUAUUGGUCUUAACCAGAAUUGAUGUUUGAUGGGUUAUUCUGGAACAAUGUUUUUGAUAAGGAAUAGGGCCACUUGCUCUCGAUGCUGUCAAUACUUGUGCAUUACUUGUGUUGUGUCUCAUGCGGGAAGAUUCACUUAAAGAAUGGGUUUCUGUAAUUUUGUUUGCUUCCACAUGGAUCUACACUCCAGAAAGUGGUCUGGUGCUUAGUUGAUUCAACAUCACGAUCAAAUUAGAGUUAGAGUUUUCCAACAUUUUUCUGUAAUCACGAGUAUUUCUGGAUCAAGAUGGAUGACGGUGGACAUCGAGAAAAUGGAAGACAUAAAGCAGAUCAGUAUAGAACUGCCCAGGGUCAGUGGUUGAUGCAUCAGCCAUCAAUGAAGCAGAUAAUGGCCCUUAUGGCCGAACGAGAUGCAGCUAUCCAAGAAAGGAAUUUAGCACUUUCUGAAAAGAAAACAGCCAUUGCUGAGAGAGAUAUGGCAUUCCUGCAGCGAGAUGCAGCUAUUGCUGAGCGAAACAACGCUAUGCUGGAACGGGAUAAUGCUAUUGCAAAUCUUCAGUACCGAGAGAACUCCUUGGCUAGUGGUAAUAUGUCCUCAUGCCCACCAGGAUGCCAAAUCUCAAGGGGAGUGAGGCACAUUCACCAUCCGCAGCAGGGUGUUCAUAAUCUGCCCCACGUGAAUGAAGCUCCUUACACUACAAGGGAAAUGCAUCCAAGUGAUGUCCUCCCAGUGACACCAGGUACUUCUGAGGUUGCUAAGUCAAGGCGGGGUAAACGAACUAAAGAACCAAAGGUUAUUACAUCUAACAAGGAGGCUAAGAAGGUUUCAAAACCUCCAAAGAAGGUUAAGAGGGAGACUGAGGACACAUACAGUAAGACACAAGAGUGGAAGGGUGGGCAAGAUAUGGGUGGUGGGAGCGAUGAUCUCAACAAACAGAUGGUCACAACAAAGACUGAUUGGAAAGGACAGGAUCUAGGGUUGAACCAGGUGGUAUUCGAUGACACAACCAUGCCACCACCCGUUUGCUCCUGCACUGGAGUCCUGAGGCAGUGCUACAAAUGGGGAAAUGGAGGGUGGCAGUCCUCGUGCUGCACAACCUCCUUGUCCAUGUAUCCCCUACCAGCAGUUCCCAACAAGCGACAUGCCCGAAUUGGUGGGAGAAAGAUGAGUGGAAGUGCUUUCAACAAGCUGCUUACCCGGCUUGCAGCUGAGGGGCAUGAUCUGUCACUCUCCGUUGAUCUCAAGGAUCACUGGGCCAAGCAUGGGACAAACCGCUACAUAACCAUUAAGUAGGCUGUAAAUUAUUGAGUCGUUAGCAUAAUGCAUAAAGUAUGCGGAGCCUCUGCUUUUCUCAUUAGCGGUUUAGGAGAACAAAUAAAGACCAUAAUGGGUCUCGUUCCUGGCCAUUUUAACAUCAGAAAACGGCAACCGAUGUUCGGGAAGAUGAACCUUCGUGUUCUACGUCGAAGUCUUUAGACCUGUUUUAGUAUGCAACAGUACUCUUUACAUUUUGGCUAAAUAAUAGUGUACCUCUACUUAAUUGUAAAGGAUUUGUACUUCAACAUCUCAUUGUAAUCUUAGUGAAAUCUUAAUAAUUUUAUCAAUGUUCU